AUGUUCUCCUCAUUUCAUUUCAAUGAUACUCAGGAUGACUACGAUCCUCUUAUCUGGUAUGGAAAAGAAGCAGUAGUUACCAAGUAUCAACAAGAUCCAUGGUUUUAUAUGGAAGAUAGUGAAUUUAUGGAUUUGUUUUCUUCAGUGUAUGGCUCUCGUCAAGAGAAAACUGUGGGGCCCAAAACUGAAUUGAUCCCAAGUCAUCAACCAGAUGAUUGUGAGCAUAAUGAUUUUCAGUCACAAGUUUCUGAACAAGGCAAACCCCUCAAGGAUAAGGCACUACCGUUUUCCUCAGCAUCAUUGCAGCUUCUGGCCAAUUACGAAAGGGGUUUCAAUAAAACGAGAGGAGCUUUCAGUGAUCUGAGCAAUGAUAAUAAUGUAGUUGGCCAGAAAUUAACAAUGGAGGAAAUUCUGAGGAUGGCUGGAGAAAGGUUCAUCCAAUUUUCCACCAACAAGGAAGAUGUUACUUCUAUGAGUAUUUCUUGUUCACCAUUCCCACCUGAUCUGUCUUCAUAA